AUGGUGUUGGCGAUUAAAGCAGUUCGAACUCAUGUCAUGGGUUACAAGACAGCGGCGAAACAUUUUCAAGUACCGAAAGGUACCCUUGAACGUUAUGUUAAAAACAUUAAUUUUUCUCCUGAAGAACUCGUUCGUACAACACUUGGUAGAAAACCUGCUUUAGGAAAAGCUAUCGAGGAUGAGCUAGUUCGAUACUGUCUCGAUAUGGAUAAUAGGUUUUUUGGUCUGCGAAGAUCUGAUGUAAAACGCAUGGCCUUCGAGUUGGCAAUUGCUAAUAAUAUCCAGCACCCAUUUUCACAGGAAAAAGGCGUUGCAGGAAAAAAAUGGCUUAGAGGAUUUUUCAAACGUAAUCCCCAGCUGUCUGUUAGGUCACCUCAAGGCAUGUCCAAUGCCAGAAUACGGGGAUUCAAUCAAGAAAGCGUUGCUUCAUUCUUCGAUUUGUACGAAAAGGAAUUAUCGAAAAUCAAUUUUGCACCACAAAGGUUGUUUAACGUGGAUGAGACAGGGAUUAGUGUGGUGCAACAUAAAAGAAGUAAGGUCAUUUCUGCUAAAGGUAAAAAGCAAGUAGCAACACUUACAUCAGCUGAAAGGGGAGGCCUUAUUACAGUGGUGACAUGCAUGAAUGCCGUAGGAACUUACGUACCGCCUUUAAUUGUGUGGCCUAGAAAAAAUAUGAAAAUUGAAUUGAUGGACGGUGCGCCAACCGGUUCCAUUUACGCAUGUCACCCUUCUGGAUGGAUUCAAGCCGAAAUAUUUACACAAUGGUUUGACCAUUUUAUUAAAUUCACAAAGCCAACACCAUCAGAUCCUGUGUUAUUGGUGCUCGAUGGACACUACUCCCAUACGCGUAACAUAGACGUAAUAAAUAAAGCUAGAGAAAACCACGUAUCAAUUGUUUGCCUACCUCCCCACAGCACACAUCGCAUGCAACCGUUGGAUGUAGGAUUCAUGGGGCCUCUGAAAACGUACUAUGCUCAGGAAAUUGAGACUUGGCUGCGAAACAACCCUGAUCGUAUUGUCACGCCAUUUAUCAUUGCAAGACUAUUUUCAGUUGCAUAUAACAGAGCAGCCACUAUGGAGGUUUCGGUGAACUCGUUUAGAACAACGGGACUAUUUCCGCUUAAUAGAAAUAUUUUCCGAGAUCAUGACUUCUCAGUGUUCGAAGUUGAGGAGAAAUUAACAGUCCCUGAAGAUACUGUAAGUCGUCCUCCACCGGGAUCUUCCACAGAAUCUAGAAACAUUGAAUAUACUUCAGGAAAAUCAGAAGGUAUCAGUUGCAUUAAAACAGCUUUAGAUAGGGGGGAACUUCCAAAGAUUCUAGCGAUAUUGAGGAUGCCGCAGAUGAUCCACGGCCGGGAAAUUCAAAAGAGUCCAAUGAUCAGGGGGCUGUAA